GAUGGAUGAAUUUGCGACCGUUGUGAGUACUUUCCGGCAGAGGUUGGUUACAAAAAGGUGCGCGUUUUCGUCGUGCGAGCUGGCUGGAGUGGAGCAGUAUACUUGAGAAAGAUGUGACACACGAAACCUUCAGGAAAGAAUGAGAGAGGAGGGAGAUCAAAGUAUGGUGAGAGACCUCUCGAGGUUGGACAAUGGAAGGACUGGGAAAGGAGAGAUCCGUAUGCAGCCCGAAAACCUCCCCAUGGAUCGGGCAUCCUAAAACAGAAUCCUCGACUCUUCUAUGGAAACUAAAAGACUGCUUCACCACCGAUGACACACCUGUUGCUCCUAAGACAGAUAAAAAGGACAAUGACAUGGACAGUAAAAAAACAGCGCUGGAAUUGAAGGAUGUCCCCCCUCCCCCUCUGCACAAUGCUUCAGCCUUCCAACCACCCCAGCUCUUUCCUGUGCCCCCUCUCCCUUUGCCUCCUUCUUGUUUGCGUCCUCCUCAGCCUGCACAACAUCACCAUCGACAGCAGCCUCCACUGCAGCAGCCGCAACAAGAGGGGCCCAGCCCCAAAGUAAGCGUAUGCGCCCACUGUGAUUACUGCAUCACCAAGGGCUAUGGAUUAUCAGAUGGUGGAGAUGAUGUUGGUAGUAGCAUAGCUGGUGUUGUCCCACACUAUGGCGCCCCUGACUCGUUGCCAAAGCCCAUCUACAGCAGCAGUAACACUAGCAGGUCUGGGCCUUUCUCUGUAGCCUCAACUGUUCUUCAGUACAAACACGGACUGAGCUGUGAACAUAAAGAUGAUGCUUAUGAUCCGCUGCCCAGUUGUGGCUACAAACCUGAGAGGCGCUCUUCUGUCACCACCUGCCAGCCCAUCUCAGCACAGCCCCACACCCCUUGUUGCCCAGGGCUCCUUAACACCUACCCAGGUGAAUCUCUUCCAAUCAACCCAGUCUCUUUCCCUUCUCAGCCCCUUUUGGCUUCUUCACUCUCACCCAUUUCUGCUCUUCCGGCUUCCUUGCAUGGCUCUUGCCUGGCCUCUUCUGGUUGUUAUAUCUAUGGUAUGGACUGCAGUCCCAUUGUCAGAAGAACCCAGACAAGUGCAGCACUCUGUGAUAAACCUGCUACUACCACCAUCAACACCUUAUCCACGUCAGCACAUCUCAGCUCUAAUCCUAUGCACCUAAAUGUUGAGAGAAUGGUUUGUGUGAAGGGGGCGCACUGCUGCAAGGAUUGCUUGUUGAAGCCCCUGAACGGUUUUGCGUCCAAGUCAGAAAAGGUGUGGCCCAAUAUUCCUGUUCCCCAAACAACUCCAGUCUCUAUCCCCAUUUGUAACGGAUGUGCCACCUCGUCUGAGAGUCUGGUGCUCAGCCAAGGCAAAGCUGGCCAAAAGUAUGGCUCACCAGAAAUUGGUGGUACAGAGAACAUCCCCCCUGUGGGAGUGUUUUGGGACAUUGAGAAUUGCAGUGUGCCUAGUGGACGAUCUGCUGGGGCCGUGGUGCAGCGUAUACGCAGCCGGUUUUUCCAGGGCCACCGUGAGGCAGAAUUCAUUUGUGUCUGUGAUAUCAGUAAGGAGUGUAAAGCAGUUAUCCAAGAGCUCAACAACUGUCAGGUUACUGUGGCACACAUCAAUGCCACAGCCAAGAAUGCUGCUGAUGACAAGCUCCGCCAGAGUUUAAGGCGCUUUGCUGAGACCCACGCUGCACCCGCAACUGUUGUCCUAGUAUCUUCUGAUGUAAACUUUGCAAGUGAGUUGAGCGAUCUGCGCCAUCGCCAUGGUUUCCAGAUAAUUCUGGUCCAUGGUAACCAUACAUCUCAAGCCCUGCUGCAGCAUGCCCACCAUCAUGUGGCUUUUCAAGAGAUCACAGCUAACCUGCCUCCACGCAUGUUUGUCAAAACACAGCCCAGUUACAACCUGCUCUAUGUCCACAACCUUCCUGUCAACUGUGACAAGAGCCUGUGGAAUGCUGUUAAGCUCAGGCUCCGCCGCCUCUCAGACAACUGUGGUGGUAAGGUGCUGGGCAUGUCCCAGGGCACAGCUGUCCUCCGUUUUGGCAGCCCCGAGGCAGCAUCACGUGCGCACAAGCGAAUGGAAAAUGAGGAUGUGUUUGGCCAUCGAAUCAGCCUCUCUGUCUCCCCGAGGCCCAGAGACAGUGCAAGUCUUGAGCGUGAGCUUCAGUCUCAACCCCAUCACGUUCCCCUUCCUCAGACAUUGCCCCUGCCUUAUCAAAGCCAGGACACAAUGUUUACCACACCUCUAGCCUCAUCCUCCUCCUUUUUGCCCCUGGAAAAGCCAAGGUCGCCCAGGAGGGCACGGCGAUCAACCCGCCCAUGCUACACACCUGGCCCAGUGCCUGAAAGGCCCUACAGCCCCAAGAGAGGGUGCUCUGGGCCUCCGGGUGGCGCUCCUGCAAAACCCCAUCAGGAGUUGGAUAAUUCAGAGAGCAAACCUAAGAUGGGUUUCCACCACCUAGAUGAUAAAGGGCGUCCAGCUUCCUCUUCUCCCCAUAGUAAUGGUGAAAUUGGAUCCCUGCAGCAGCUGUCCAAACCUAGUUUCCCUGGAGAAUCCUUAUACAAAAGAAGAAGGGACGGUUCCAAUCCUCGCAGUGGGACAGAGUCUCCUGUUGAAGGAGAGAGCCGCUCAGUAGAGUUUCAGAUCAGCACACCCUCUGCUUUCAGCAAACUGAACUUGCAUAGAAACUUCAGCCCUCUUGUCUUAUCCCAGGGUUCUUGGUCUUCCAGGACUGCAUCGCCCUGCCUUUCUAGCCGCUCUUCUCCCAUACUUGCUGCUCCUCAAAGCCCUUGCCCUGAGUGUCCACCUGGACCAUUUUCAGAUGGAGCUGAAAUCCAGGUGGCUAACCUUGACUACAGAAUGUCCCGGAAAGAAUUACAACAGACUCUAAGUGACACCUUCUUCCGAUAUGGACGGGUGAAAGCAGUGGAGCUUAGUCCCCACACAGACUAUCGGCUUAAAGCUACAAUCCAGAUGCUGUCCUUACAGCAGGCUAUCAGUGCUGUGAGCGGACUGCACCGUUACAAAAUUGGAGGCAAGCGCAUCCAGGUGUCUCUGAUCACAGGUGGUCACAACAAAUCCAUGGCCAUGCUCAGCUCAGAGAUCAGCAGCAUUCUUCAGGAUGCUCCUGCCAAUUGCCUUCCUCUCUUCAAGUUCACUGAAAUCUAUGAAAAGAAAUACCACCGUAAGCUUUUGAUGAGCGACCUCUACAGGCUGCCAGAUGUAGUAGCUGUUCGGGAACAAGGGGGCUCGAGGCUGGUGUGCCUUCUGUCCAGCAACCAAAGCCGUCAGAGUCCAUUGGGAUCUUCUCUGUCACAGGACAGCUCCUCCACAGCCAGCGGCAGCCCUGUGGUGUUUGAAGAACUGGAGUAUCAUGAACCUGUCUGUAAACAACACUAUACACAGCAGAACUUCAGUGAGGCAGACUUUGACCCAGACUCGUACACAAUUCCCUUUGUGGUCAUGUCUCUAAGCACUUUGGCUUCUGAGGUUCACGCACUGCUUCAAUCACACAAAGGAACCCUUCCUCUCCUCAGUUUUCCAGACUGCUAUGAAGCCAAGUUUAGUCCGCUGCAGCUGGGCAAUGAGACUCUGGAGUGUGGUGUUCCUUUGGAGCACCUCAUCACGUGUGUUCCCAGUAUAACUAUCGUCACAGCUCAUAACGGUUUCAAAGUCAUCAAGUGGAUUCACAACAAACCACCUGCACCCAACUUUGAGCCGUGGCUCCACCGAUGCAAGAGUCCAGUUGGCAACCCUCAACUCAUUCAGUUCAGCAGAGAGGUUAUUGACCUCUUAAAGAGUCAACCAUCUUGCAUCAUGCCUAUCAGCAAAUUUAUACCCUCUUACCAUCAUCAUUUUGCUAAGCAGUGCCGCGUCUCUGAUUAUGGCUACUCAAAGCUGAUGGAGCUGCUGGAAGCAGUGCCACAUGUCCUGCAGAUCUUGGGCAUGGGUUCAAAACGACUGCUGACCCUUACUCAUCGAGCCCAAGUGAAGCGUUUCACUCAAGACUUGUUAAAACUGCUCAAAUUUCAAGCCAGCAAGCAGGUUUCUAUCAAGGACUUCAUGCAAGCAUACCACUGGUGCUUUUCCAGAGACUGGAAUGUAGCAGACUAUGGCACAUGCAACCUCAUUGACUUGCUGUCCGAGAUCCCUGAUACCACCAUUACCACCACACAUCACGACACUGACACGGUCAUCUCUGUUCCCAAGAGAGAACGUACUGGGGAUGAAAUGGAGCGCACUAAGCAGUUUGGAAAGGAGGUGGUCGACCUCCUCCGUCACCAACCUCACUGCCGAAUGCCUUUUAGCAAGUUCAUCCCAACCUACCACCACCACUUCGGACGUCAGUGUAAACUCAGCUACUACGGCUUCACCAAGCUCAUGGAGCUCUUUGAGGCCAUCCCUGAAGUACUAAUGGUGUUAGAGUGUGGGGAGGAGAAGGUGCUAACCCUAACAGAGGUGGAGCGCAUCAAGGCUCUGGCAGCUCAAUUGGUCAAGCUUCUUCGAGCUCAAAAAACCUCCAGCCUUCCUGUGAACCAGCUGCUCACAGAGUACAGCAAGACUUUUGGUUAUGGUCUACGACUGCAGGACUACGACACCAGUUCCCUGCCUGCGUUGCUAAGCAAGCUCUGCCAUGUUGUUAAGGUGGUGGCUGGUACAGAAGGACAUGAAGUUCAGCUCAUCAACAGGAAGUCUCUGCGUUUGCUGACAUCACAACUUCUGGCACUGCUUAUGUCUCAAGAGAAGCAUGUUGACAAGGGUCUCAGGGUGGAUGUGCUGAGCCAGCAUUACCAGACUGUCCACAAAACCCUGCUCAAACCUUGUGAAUAUGGAUUCCUCUCCCUCAACGAGCUCCUCAAGAGUCUGCCCUAUCUUGUGGAGCUUUACUGUGAAGGGGGUGACAGAGAUAUUCAAGCCGGCAGCAUCACAAGCAGUCCAGGUGACGAGUGGGUGAGGCUGACGAGGCUUUACCAGUUUGCCCGUAAUGUACGUGCACUGCUCCACACCUACCAUUACAACCAGAUCUUCCUGUCUGAGUUCCAAGGAGCUUAUAAGAAGUUUACUGGCUGUAGCCUGGAGUCGCGCGCCUAUGGAUACACCAGCACAGAUGAGCUGCUUAGUGCCAUUCCACAGGUGGUCUGGAUCAAAGGGCACAGUCACAAGAGGAUUAUCGUUUUGAAGAACGAUAUGAAAGAGAGGGGGAGCACUUCAGUCCCCAGCAGCCCUCAGUCAGGAGGUAACAUGGAGACCCCCAGAGACAGCCCAACACAUUCUGAAGCCCAGAGUCCAAGUGCCACUAUGGCACCAGAGUCUGAGCUGCUGUGUCUGACGUCCCCAGUCGACCUUCUCUGUGGCCCGGUACCAUCUUGCCUCCCGUCACCUCAGCUCCAUCCUGACCCUGUCCUAAUGCAGCAGGCAGAUCUGAUUCAUUUUGAGGAGAAAGUGCCGCCAGUGCCCCACACAUCAGAGAGCGAAGAAUUGAAUGCGGUAGCUGUUGCCAAAGAUGACGAGCCCACUCCACCCAUGGACGCACAGACCCUUUUGUCCAUGGACAGUCCCAGCAGAAGAGGCCCCCGCAGUAGAAUCAAGCUAGCUGCCAACUUUUCAUUUAAAUCAGGUCUCUGAAGCAACACAAACAUGCGCAGCAAGCCAUACUAGUUGAGCCAUAGUGUAACUCUGAGUAGAAGAGUUGAUUACCGAUAUUAAUCACAGUGCAGAAUAGCCACUCUUGAAGGGCAUUUUGGUUUGCUACUUCUGUCAUUGCUUUAUCAUAUUCUGCUUUUCUCUCUUUGUCACAAUCUUUUUAAUCUUUUCUUUCACAAUCAAUGUUUCAUUCAGCGGUUCUCAUAGAGCUUUGAUAUUUUUACCUUUUGCAGAUUUUCUGCAAUGUACAAAUGUAAAACCCACUUAUGGUUACGAGUGCACACAGAAAUCCAGAUACGAGUUAGAUGCCACUGCAAGACAGGACACAAACCAUUUGGAGAGAUGCUCAAGAUGAAUAGCACGCUUGUGUUUUAGGAUGUUAAAACAAACUUAUUCUCAGGUCUAAGCCAGACCAAAUGACAGAGGAUGUUGUUCACAUACAUACAAAAAAAAUCUCCAGUAUCUUAAGACAACGGAUUUCAAUUGAUAGUCUUUUUAGAAUGUUGUAGGUAGUGCCAGAGAUGCUAAAGUCCUUUGUUUGCUGCUUUUGCCUCAUAGGCCUCAUAACAGGUCACUUCUUUGAGAUCAUCAAGAAGUUAAUGGCCAUUGUUCCUGAUUAAGUCUGUGGGAAUUUGUUUAUCCGCUUGGAAAUGAAGGUCCGCGCCCUAAGGCAGGGUGUGCGUAUUUGGACAAGCUUUUGAGUCAGCAUCUUUGUGUUGUUCUAGCUCAUUUUGUGUAUGGUUCUCCACAGUAGGCAGUGUGACAUCUGACAUAUGCACGGUGUGCAUACAUGAGUUGAUGCAUGGUGUAAGCCCAGCAGCAGCAGACAGGAAUGGAUGAUAGAAGGGUAAAAAAAAACAUUCUUUGCUAUAGGUUUUUUGUUUCCACCUUGUUUUAGGCUUCUUGGAGGCGGGGCCACCUUUGUAGCCGCUACUGUAGUACUCAAGGUUUUUUGUUUUUUAUUUUCCUCUCAACCUUGUUGCUAGUAGUGUUUGUGGUGGACUCCUGUCUGAGUUGAUGAUUCAAGUGGAGCACUCUAUAGUUUUUGAUAUUUAAUGAGAAGCUGCACGGUUGUGAAUUUUUGGGACAAGAUGUUAUUAACGGUGGUAGGCGGUGGUCUUGUUAGUGGAGCAGCACAGGGACUCUGUGAAGCCUCCACAAGAGUGCCACGUCCACAUAGAGAAUCCUCUGUGGCUCUCUGGAUUUUGCCUGGCUUUUACAAUGGCUUGUAUUUGCCAUGGUAACAAAGGGGAAUGGUCAUACUACCUCCCCGGCCAUAACGUUUUUACGUCCGGAUGUGUUGAUUUCCUCCCUUUUUGCAGUCAAGUGUUUUCUGGGUCUGCUGGCUGCUUGGUUGCUACCAGUCGCUGUGGGUUUACGGUUAGUUUAUCAUGACACAAGAGUGGCAGUUUUUGUUGAGGAAAAACAUUUUGAGAAUAGAUAAGAGGCCAGUGACCGUUCACUACGUUAACUUGUUCAGUCAGUGUCAUGACAUGACUAGAUUUUGAGUUUUGCCUUGAAAGCCAACGCUCCAACUUGCACACUCCCCUAAAUUAUUUUAACUAUGGUUGCUGCUGCGUAGGUCUCUCUGCCCUUUUCAGACACCAUUGAAAACUAUUUGAUCAAGGAAUGUGCAGCUCGAUUAUUUAAGGAUUUCAAUUCAACAAUAGCUUUAAUUCCCCUGAGAAACAUCUAUUUUAAACAUUUUGAGUAAAUCCGAGCUUCCUCUGUGCAGUGACGUCUAACUCAAAAUGGGCACAGUAGCCUAUUUAGCUUUUCCUUUGUGCAGGUCUCAUCUAUAAAGAGCUCUUGAAAUAUGCACAUCUGCAUAGUUUAGGUUCAUGAUAUAAAUGUGCAAUUAUUUGGAGUCAGACUAUAUCUUUGAAGAAAUGAAUGCAUUCUUAGCCUGCUUGUACUAACUCACUUUGUCUUGUCUGUUAAAUUUUUCAUUUGUACAACAGUUGUGUUCAAAGACUGAAAAGAAAAAAAAGUUUUAAUUCAAAACUGCCAUUUAAAACUGCUUCCAUCCUCCCCAUCUAUUGCAGUCCUAAAGCCUCACCACAACUUGUUGCUGUCAAACAUUAUUUAAGGGACCAAUAGAGAUCUGUUAAUAAACUGCACUAAGCAUCA